UAACCGAACCGAAGCCGCCGAACGGGCGCCCCGUUACCUUUAUCUGCGGUAACACCACCAACCCACCAAAACAAGCCAGAAAAACCAGAGCGAGGCACAAUGGUCGCCGACGGACUUGUCUACCACCCGGCGGUGUCGCACUACCUCAAGUACACGGCGACGACGGUCGGGCGCGACAAGCUGCUGCGCACGCUGCAGUACUUCGCCCGCUUCUUCGCCUGGUACCUGCUGCGGACGAACCGGCCGCAGGCGGCGAUCCAGCCGUGGGAGGAGAUCAAGCGCAAGUUCGCGCUCGUGCGCAAGGUGCUGCGCGCGGGCAAGAACGUCGAGCACUUCAAGGCGGCGGCGGUCGCGGCAGACGCGCACACCGCCGGCACCGCGGACCCCGUGCUGCGCUACGCCGCCCUCGGCCGCCAGCUCGGCUACGCCGGCUACCUCACCCUCGACCUGGCCACCCUGCCCGACGCGCUCGGCGUCAGCAAGAACCCCCGCGCGCGCCGCCUGCAGGAGCUGGCCUACCGCUGCUGGGCCGUCGGCCUCGUCUUCAGCGUGCUCGGCCAGCUGUACACGCUGCGCCAGCUGCGCCUGCGCGAGGCCGCCGUCGAUCGCAAGGAGGGCGAGGGCGUGCUGGAGAGCAAGAGGAUCGCCAUGGAGAGGACGGCCAGCCGGCUGCAGCUGACUUCGGACCUUUGCGAUCUGACGAUCCCCGCGUCGGCGCUCAACUGGGUCGCUUUCGACGACGGCAUCGUUGGUCUUGCUGGCACCGUGAGCAGCUUGAUCGGCGUGUAUCUGCAGUGGAAGAAGACCGCGUGAGGAUGAAGGGUGGGAGGGCAGAACUUGGACGUGGCGGCCGACAACGCAGAAAAGCGAUUGCGGGACGUCCUCGUUGCUGCGGAAUUGCGGUGGGAUCGCUGGCCGACAUUGUUGAUACCUCUUUUUAGUGCUUCUUCUCUCUACCUAUGUAUGUAUUCUGUCCGUCGUUCGUUGGAGGGAUGUGGAAUGCCGGGC